AUGACAUCUGGCAGGCCCUGGCCACCCUCAGGUAGGUACCUAAAGCGGCUGGUCGGUGUAUGUCUGUGUGCACUUGUAUGUUUGUCUGUCUCUGUCUGUCUGUCUGUCUGUCUGUCUGUGUAUGUGUUGUCUUCAGUGUGCGGCUGACUAGGCGUACGUGGCUGAUUGGCUGACGCGCACCGUCACCCAGAUGCCCUUGUUCUUCGAGCGCCGCGACAACCUCUGUCUGGCAAGGGAAGGAGACCAACAAAGACGGCACAAGUAAGUCCACUACAUGCAGCUGGAUGCUGCAGAGAGGGCUCGAUACACAGACACGCACGCCAUAUGGAUGUGUUCCUCCCUCGUUGUUGGGCAUGUCUGGAGGCCUUCAGGUCAUCAUCAUCCCAAUCUUGGCGAUAAUCGUCGAGCACCAGGCCUUCCCCGCGCCCACCGACGCAGCAGCCGUGAUGCAGUGCGCCGACCAGCCUGUGUUUCCUGGAGCCGACCUGAUUCGGAAGGUCAUGAGCGACAUGCUUCAGCAGAAGGACCAGCAGGGCAAGCAGUACACACCUGCUGAGGACGCGCUCAAGUGAGGGAAAAUGGGGGUGGGGGCGGGGUGGGUCGAUGAGCAGACGCAUGUGUGUAUUCGUGUUUUGUUCUUUCUCAGGGUGGAGUUGCUGCGUCUGGCCACCAACCAUUCUGGCUCAGUCGGUACGCGCACAACGGGCGUAGAGCCACCUGCGGAGCGAGCUCAAGACCGUCUAGCCAGCUGUGGGGCUAAAUCACCAUCUGCAGGUUCGCCGACGCAUACGACACGCCCUCCAAGAUCACCGUCCAGGCCUUCUAUGUGGCGCUGCUGAAGCAGCACGAGGACGACACCGCGCGCGCCCUGGACAUAAUGACCCCGCGGAUCGGCGACUCGGGUGUGCCCAAUUGGGUGCGGUGCGCACUGCGGACUCUCAUUGACGAGGGGCAGGCACAACGUCAGCCAAACCGUCUACAUAUGGGAGCUGGUCAGUCAGCUGGCACACACACGCAUGUGGAUCCAUCCAUGCGCUCUGUUGGUGGUUGUGUGAAUAUGUGUGCGUGUCAGAUAAUUCGCCACGCCGAAGGCCAAGUUCACCGCCUCGGCCUCGGCAUCAGAACACAGACGCGUCGCACUAGACACGGCAGCGCUCGUCGUCUUGGAAGUGGCAGAGCGUCCCGUCUCAAGUGGAGAGAGAUACUCCAGCCAAGGAGGGCCUUGCUGUUUGCUCCUUUCCCUUCGCGAGCAGCAGACGGCCCGCCCUUCUCGAAAGAGAGUCUGGCAAGGCAGCAGCACUGCGGCGGCAGCAGCGGGUGAAUGGUGCACACAGGCAAGGCAGCUUCAAGCGGGGAUUGACUCUUCGGUUCGCCAGCUUCAAGCGACGGGCUUGACCGAUUCUAACCCACACGUAAGCCAUCAAAAGGACAAUCCAUGCACGCAUACAAAGGCACCUCUGUGUGUGUGUGUGUCGGUGUGCGUCGCUCAGUUGGCGGCGAUGACGGUGACGAGACGGCCAUAGACGAGAGCGACAUCCGCACGCCGGCCGAUCUGCUGAUGCAGCGCCGCGACAAGCUCGACUUCGGCAUUCUCGUCAACUUCCUCAUGCGCACCGCUCUCCAUCUCAGCGUCAAGGACGACUUCAAUCUGAGGAAGCGCGCUUUCGACCUUUUCUGAACGUAUGCCAGCACUAAUAGAACAACACACAAAAGCCAUGUGUGUGCCGGGGUGUGUGUUUGUGUGUGUGGCAGGUCGCUUGCGUUGUGGCGAUGAUCAACUACCUCGCUGCCUCACAAGAAGCUGCAGAAUCUGUCGCCAUACGACCAAAGUACUUACUGGACUGGUACGUUGACCUGUCAGACACGCGCCCACAACACAUACGAUCUGCUGUGUGUGUGUUUUCUGUGUGGUGUAGACGGCGCUGA